AUCUGUCAAAGUUUGCUGAGACCUUUAGGCCAGAGCUCAGUCUGACAGAGAGGCCACCUCUUGCCAAGCCGGUUUAUUCACACCGGGGCCUUGACAGCGCUGAUGAGCUUCGUAAGCAGCUGUUUCCAGUGGAAUCCGGGAAAAUAAUAUGUACUCCAGAAAAACUCGUGAAAGAUCUCCUCGAAGAGCAUCCAGCGUUGGAUGGUUUAAUGCAAGAACAGCUGGAGCAGCUGUUGCAGAAGCGCUCUCAGGGAGUUCUGAUAUUUUCCAGAAGCUGGGCUGCUGAGGUUGGCUUGCCAAAAAAUCAGAACGUCGUUUGUGAUGCUCUCCUGAUAGCCGGGAAAAGCCAGCCCAUCCUCUACACAGUCUGUCAGAGCCGCAUCUCAGAGGAUUUGUUCCAGUACUCCAGGGGCGUGGCCCAGAGGCUGAAGGAGAAAUUAGUCAACACUGGGGGCUACAUUCACAAACUGUGCGUGAUCCCGAAGCUCCUGGCUUUGCCUCCCAACAGGAGCUGUGGAGAAGGACGGGAUCGGGAUAUUCAAGAGCUGUAUCCCCAAAAUCAAGAGCUGUAUCCCCAAAACUACAGUCAAAUUAAUAACGGCAACUUGCAGGCCCUCUUGCGUGCUCUCACCGUAGCUCUGCUGACUUUUGAGUCCUUUUUAAGUGACCGCGUUGGUUGUGAGUUUUUGAACCUCCUGACCAUGAGACAAUACCAGCUGCUGUCAGAAAACCUUCACAGAACUAGGAGGCUGUAUGUUUAUGGCCUGCCAGGAACAGGCAAAACUGUAGUGGCUCUGAAGAUCAUAGAGAAAAUCAGAGAGAUGCUGCCGUGCGCACCAGAGGAAGUUCUUUAUGUGUGCGAGUAUACGCCUCUCAGAGAUCUUGUGCGGCAGAAAAACAUUUGCGAAGCUGUGACAAGAGUAGCCUUUCUGAAGGGAAGCUUUGAAGGUGUGAAGCACAUAAUAAUGGAUGAA